AGGACCUAUAAGAAAGCAAGUAAUUCGGAUCGAUUAGUUCUCCCUCGUCAAUAGUUGAAAACCAUGGUGUCCACUUCAAAAGGUCGCGUUUUGUUAGCUUAUUCUGGCGGUCUCGAUACCUCCUGCAUUUUGGCAUGGCUGAUCGAGCAAGGAUACGAAGUUGUCGCUUUUAUGGCUGAUGUCGGCCAGGAAGAGGAUUUCGAAGCUGCUCGCAAAAAGGCACUCGCAGUAGGUGCCAAGAAGUUUUAUUUACAGGAUCUCAAACGCGAGUUCGUGACUGAACUCAUAUACCCCGCUAUGCAAGCAAAUUGCAUCUACGAGAACGUAUACCUUCUCGGGACAUCACUUGCCCGACCUGUCAUUGCCCGCGGCAUGAUCGAAGUCGCUGAUACGGAAGGAUGCGACUAUGUCUCUCAUGGGUGCACUGGAAAAGGAAACGACCAAGUUCGUUUUGAGCUUGCGUUUUACGGCCUGCGGCCGGACAUCAAAGUUAUUGCCCCAUGGCGCAUACCUGAGUUCUAUGACCGAUUCCCUGGUCGUCAGGCUCUUCUAGCUUAUGCAGCAGAGAAGCAGAUUCCCGUCCAGCAGACCGCUGCCAAGCCGUGGUCCACGGAUGAGAACUUGUUCCACAUCUCUUAUGAGGCUGGUAUUCUGGAAGACCCCAAUGUCACUCCACCCGACGACAUGUGGAAACUCACUGUCCAGCCCGAAGCGGCGCCUUCUGAGCCCGAGCGUCUUUCCAUCGAAUUUAGGGCUGGUCUUCCAGACCAAAAGACGUUCACAGACCCUGUCGAGAUAUUCUUGGGUCUCAAUGCCCUCGCGAGAAAGCACGGAGUCGGACGUAUCGACAUUGUCGAGAAUCGCUUUAUCGGUGUGAAGUCCCGAGGUUGUUACGAAUCUCCGGGAGCCACCAUCUUGCGUGCCGCUCAUAUGGACAUUGAGGGUCUCACCCUCGAUCGUAAUGUGCGCCGUAUACUAUACAAUGGCACCUUCUUCUCUCCCGAGCGUGAAUUUAUCACGAGUGCCAUUCCCGCAAGUCAGCGAACAGUCAACGGCGUUGUUCGUUUGAAGCUGUACAGGGGUAACGGCUUGUACGACGAGGCACAGUCAUCCAUGGAUGAGCUCGGUGGGUUCGAGCCUACGGAUACCACGGGCUUCAUCCAGAUCCAAAGCAUCCGAAUCAAAAAGUGGGCCCAGUCCAACAUUCGCAAGGGACAGGGAGGUGUCCAAGCCAAAGACGUGUAUGGAUCUCGCGCGUAGGCUCACUAGAUGUGCCCCACCGAAAUUGUUCAAUUGUAUGUAAAACCUACUGGGAUGUUGUAACUCUUGUCUGUAAUAUCCGAGAUCCUGGAAAAUGGACACCCGACGGUCGGGUACCUUUGCCAACGACCUGC